UAUAACUGUUUUAGCCUCUAUAAAGUCCUAAGUCAGUCAAAGACUGAAUAGUUCUGCAUUUCUUUGACACACAGUCUUCUUUUUCCUUGAUCCUUCUGCUACAUAGAGCAUCACGAAAAUCCCUGCCAGCCCUUUUCAGUAACUAAACUCAAAAUAUCGGCACUGCAAAUUCUAGAAACAAGAGGACAGACGAUAGCAACUGGUAAAGCAUCAGAAGAGUGAAUCUAUAGAUUCAGGAAAAAGAAAGCGGUAGGCAGGGAAGAGAAUGCUCACCGCUACCGGUAGAUACGGAGAUGGAAAGAAGGGAAAUUAGGAAACUCGAAAGACCUAAAGUGCCGUCGUUUUAGCUUCUAGCAGUAUACUCUUGGCUGUGUCUGCGGUAAUGAGUGAUAGAGCGACAAAUGGCAAUUUUUGGUUCACUUGCACGCAUGGGCUUUAUAUAGAGAAAGUCAAGCUGUAAGUGUUAAAUAAAAGCCACAUGCCCCUCUGAUUCUAUACAAAAUUUUCUUUCUUCUUCUCCAACACCACCGCAACUCUCAUCCGCCGCUCCACUCAACCUGUGAGUUCUCGUCCAACUUCUUCUUUCCUUGACAGUUUGUUGAGGUAGAGGAAAAAGAAGAGGGCAAGUAGCAGUAGCAGCCAUGAGUCUUGUUGUUUCAGCCGGUGGUCACUCCUUCUGUUUGCAGGCCCGUAGAGGGUUUUCAAUUUCGAAAUCAAAAGUGCCCAAAUUGAGCCCGCGAGCUGCUUUGACAGAAGCCAGACCCAGAGUCAAUGGUUCACUUGCGGUGCAAGUAUUGAGAGGGGACCGAGCGGAGGACCUGCAGGCCGAGGCCAGGGCCAUGGCACGUGCUGCCAAUGCCUCUAUCUACAGCCCUGAACUGCUUGCGCGCAAGUAUGGGUCACGGCCUGUCCAGGCAUUGAAGAGGACUUUGGAAAUCUUGGUAGCCUUAGGUUCUUUUGCUUUGAAACUGUUGUUGGAGCAAAGGAAUGGAAUGCUGGAUCGAAACAAGAGAAAGCGAGCCGCUGAGUUGAGGACGAUCUUCACCAGAUUAGGGCCUACUUUUGUAAAGCUAGGUCAGGGGUUAUCCACUAGGCCUGACAUCUGCCCACCCGAGUAUCUUGAGGAGCUCGCUAGGCUGCAGGAUGCUCUGCCUACAUUUCCUGAUGCAGAUGCAUUCUCAUGCAUCGAAACAGAGUUGGGGGUGCCGCUUGACUCCAUUUUCUCUUCAAUAUCCCCUUCUCCUAUUGCAGCCGCCAGUUUAGGCCAAGUCUACAAAGCUCAACUUAAGCGUUCCGGCCAAACAGUUGCUGUCAAGGUGCAACGACCUGGUAUUGAAGAAGCUAUUGGACUUGAUUUUUACCUCAUAAGAGGCCUAGGAUUACUCAUUAAUAAAUAUGUUGACAUCAUCUCCAGCGAUGUUGUUGCCCUGAUUGAUGAAUUUGCCCGCAGAGUUUAUCAAGAGCUCAACUAUGUGCAGGAGGGACAGAAUGCAAGGAAAUUCAAGAUGUUGUAUGCUGACAGGGAGGAUAUCCUUGUUCCAGAUAUCUUUUGGAAUUAUACAAGUGGCAAAGUAUUGACAAUGGAUUGGGUUGAUGGAGUGAAACUGAAUGAGCAAGCUGCCAUUGAAAGUCAAGGUUUGAAGGUUUUGGAUUUAGUGAACACAGGUAUCCAGUGCAGCCUUAGGCAGCUGCUAGAGUAUGGAUAUUUUCAUGCGGAUCCUCAUCCUGGAAAUCUUUUGGCAACACCCGAGGGAAAGCUGGCUUUUCUCGAUUUUGGAAUGAUGAGUGAGACCCCAGAGGAAGCUAGAUCUGCUAUCAUUGGUCAUGUUGUUCACAUGGUCAAUCGGGAUUAUGAAGCUAUGGCUCGUGAUUACUAUGCUCUAGAUUUCUUGUCCCCUGAUGUAGAUGUCGCCCCAAUUGUGCCAGCACUGCGAGACUUCUUUGAUGAUGCUCUUAGCUACACUGUGAGCGAACUAAACUUCAAAACGCUAGUUGAUGGUUUAGGUGCUGUUUUAUAUCAAUACCCGUUUAAUGUUCCUGCCUAUUAUGCACUGAUAUUGAGGUCGCUUACCGUGCUAGAAGGGUUAGCCCUUUAUGCUGAUCCUAAUUUUAAGGUGCUGGCUGCCUCAUACCCAUACUUUGCUAAAAGGCUUCUAACAGAUCCAAAUCCAUAUCUGAGAGAUGCUCUUAUAGAGUUGCUUUUUAAGGAUGGGAGGUUUAGGUGGAAUAGACUAGAAAACCUUCUUGUUCAGGGAAGAAAGGACCGAGAUUUCUCCGCGAAAGAUGCUUUGCAACCUGUUUUAAAGCUACUACUGGGACCAGAUGGUGAAGAGCUUAGGACUUUAGUAAUUAAAGAGGCUGUUCGUGUUACUGAAGCUGUUGUUCUAUGCACAGUUGUUGAUACAUACAACUCUGUACCCCCUUUUAUGCGUACUCUAAUGUUCAAUGGCAAUGGAGGUGGACCGCUUGUAAUGAGUGCUACUGAAUUGGAAAGCAUGAUAGAGCUUCGGGACCAGGUCUUUAGAAUCUGGGGGCUUCUUCGUUCCUCUGAAAAUUUUGAUCCAGCACUUUUCCAGCCUAUUUUACAAGUCCUUCAACAACCUGAUGCACGAAUUCUAGGGGGGCGUGUGGUUGGUGGGAUCACUCAGCGUCUUGCAGCUCGCUUACUGCAACAAGUUCUUCGAACACCAGCAGUUCCUACUUCAAGCUUAUGAACAUUGAACUUUGGGUAAGCUGAUAAAUGUAUUUUGUACACCUGAAAAUCUACAAACCAUUCUUUUCCUGUCAGUUUAUUCAACUAAAAGGAAUGAUGUCAGAAAAAUUAUACCAAAAAGAAUACACCUUUUUGGGAAUGUACCUUCUUAUCAAAGAAUACACUUUUUGCAAACUGUUUCUAUUUGUUCAAUGGUAGAUGUAUACAUCCCCUGCCUAAAGUUUGGGUUUGGAAUAAACAUUACAUAAAAAUAACAUGUGGUUUGGCAUGAAAAAAUGUUGCCAACUUUUUUAAUUUUAUUAUGUCCUUAACCAUAGGAUUUUUUUGUUAUAAUUUACCAAGAAAGGUAAUAGGGAAUGAACACAUUUACAGAAAUUCAACCUUGUUCAAGAAACUAUUGGGUUCAGUAUUAAGUGUAUGUAUCUCUUUUUUCAAAUCCCUCAUUUAUCCAAAAAAAAAUAAAUCAAUUUACAGGAAAGUAAAGAUAUUCACAGAAAUUCAACCAUGCAUUGUGUUUAAUAAACUGUUGGACUAUUUUUUCUUUUUGGUGGUGCAAGGG